AUGCGCUCUCUAUCAACGAUUAUCCUACCACUAUCCCUCCUCCUUUCACAUGUCCUCUCCUCCGCUCUCCCCUCCACCACCAUUUCGUCGAACACUACACUCACCAACCCGCCCAGUCCCAACACAAGCAACGCAACCUGGGCGCACACCAAAACCUCCGAAUGCAACGGUGUCUGGGAUGAUCAAGUGCGGAAACUCUGGAAGCCCCUUACAGUCCUGAAAUUCAUCGACCACGCGAAGGCGGCGAUGUAUGCUGCUCGCGGAGACAGCGGGGACUGGGACGAGGUCCCCAAUGGCAUGUGGCAGUACUCUUAUAAUGAUACUUCAGAUGAUACUUCGGGUGCGAGUGUCAGCGCUGGGGAAGAUGGGAGUGAUUUAGUCUAUAUGCAUCGCGUGUUUGAAGGAAUAGCAGGGGUAGGGAAGGCGCCCAGGCCGCUAUGUUGGUAUGAUCUGGAGUACAUGAUGAUUUUCGCGCAGAAUGUGUAUACGAAUGCUUUUCUGUUUCCUAGGCGUGCGGUCGUUCCUGGUGUCAUUUUCUAUGCUCUAGUGGGCGAUGUCCCCGCUAUAAUCGAGGAGAGUUUUGGACUUAUAGGAUACAGUGGAUCCGUGGAGGAGGUGGUAUGGAAUAAGACCGCAAGGCCUGCGGGACUACAAGAUAUCCCAUUUAAACAAGUCAAUAGGUCAAUGAGCAAUGCGAAUGCAUCUGACUCAGCGCAGGUUGCCGGAGUCAUCAAAGCCCACAUCCAAGGAACUGGCAAGUUGGAUUUCUAUGGUCAAUUCAAUACGGCCUUGACACUUCCCAAACCUGCCGUCGACGUCGUGCUGGCUAGAGCUUCUAACGACUUAGACCGACGUGCUCAGCACGAACCAUCAGCGCCGGUCCCUAAUCCUUUUGUUGAAGACCAAAAAUUUCAAAAAGUCGCGCUGAACCUGGACAUUGGGAAAAAUCGGGAGAGUCCAUUCCCAGCAUUCACUUUUGAAGAUUUGAAAUUGCUCGUGGUGGCGGUGGGAAAUUUUUACGACGCAAAAGAAAAAGAUUUCGCCUUGGAUGGCAACGUGGUCUACAAAGCAGAUUUCUUUGAGUUGAUUGAGGUUGGGUUCCUCAGCAUUAGUCGGUUUUAUCCUGGCGUCGCGUCGAAUGUAACAGAUGCAGAUAGUAUAGCAUUAUCGUAG